AUGAAGUCGCUCCUAUGGACCUUUAUUAAGAGCGAUACCCAGCUUGAUUUAGAGGCUAAUCGUGUAAAGAUUCAUGCCAAAUUGAGGCCAGAUGAGAUACAGUAUCUUAACGAGUACUGGGGUCCUAAGGAGUCACAGUUUCUACGAAUCCACACUCAAAAGUACCCAAAUUUAGGCGCUCACUCGAAUCAACGCUCUGAGAGCCUUCACCCUGGCACUAAAGACAUUCUGAACAAGCAACUGAGUAUAGAAGAGGCUACUCGACGGCUAGGAGUUAUUGUGAAGUCAAAAUUCAGACAGUUAUCUCAGGAGGAGGCUCAAAAUGGCGGAGCUGAAGCAGCAGAGCGUGACGCUAAUCAUAGACAACAGGCUGCUGCUCAAGAGGCACGCCAGGGAGCUAAUAUAGCCCUUACAGCUUCAUUUGUAACAGGGCCAACACCCUCUGCAGGACCUCCUCCUCCUCUUCCUCCUCCUCCGGAGUCCACGGCUUCUGCCGUCCCCUGUUCUGUCGCCGCCGCCGCCACCAACCCAGUUCGUCGGUCCUUCCUAACUCCGGACGAAGAAGAAGAGGAGGAGGAAGAAGAAGAAGAAAAAGAGGAGGGCUUUAUACCCCCUCCUUCAACGGCACCAGCAGCAAUGACGCAAUCAAGAGCUGGCCGCAAGAGAGCCCCCACAAUGAAGGCGUUAGAGGCCGAAAAGGCGCCAAAACGGGGGACAAGGCAGGGCAGAAACGGAGCAGGUAGAGGGGCCAAGCAAUAG